UGCUGUGAUUAACAGAAGGAUAAUGCUGGUUUCUGAUUCAUAGGUACAAUGACCUAGAUUGACUGCAAUCAUUAUUCUGACUCCAACUCCUGACUGCUGCCCCCUCAUAAGCAGCCGCCACAGGAGCCCACUGAGGUCAUUGGCUGUGGCUGGGCUGGGUUGCUGGACUGGGUUGGACUGCGGGACUCGUGACUGGAAGCGAAAACACACCGCCGCUAAACUCGUAGCCGUACCCCUCGUCGCUCUACAUGAUACACACUGGCCUCUCCACAAAAUUUCCCUUCUUUUCAACACAUUCGUGUCUUGUCCGCUUCUGCGCCAACGACACUACUCUUACCUGCGUCGAGCAUCUUUGGAAGUAGGUUUAUCUGUACCUGCCCGAGAUGAGCGCACCGCCGCAGGGGCAAGGCGCUGACGCCGAAAAAAAUAUCGAGAUAUGGAAGGUCAAGAAACUGAUCAAACGUCUCGAAGCCGCUCGUGGUAAUGGAACCUCCAUGAUCUCGCUCAUCAUCCCACCCAAGGACCAGAUCCCCCGUGCGGCAAAGAUGUUGGCUGAAGAAUACGGCACGGCAUCUAACAUCAAAUCCCGCGUCAAUCGUCUCUCGGUUCUAUCCGCCAUCACAUCCACCCAGCAGCGUCUCAAAUUAUACUCAAAAGUACCCCCCAACGGCCUUGUCAUAUAUUGCGGUGAAAUUAUUACUUCUGAGGGAAAGGAGCGGAAGAUUAACAUCGAUUUUGAGCCCUUCAAGCCCAUCAACACUUCGUUAUAUCUUUGCGACAACAAGUUCCAUACUGAAGCGCUGAGCGAGUUGCUGGAGUCGGACCAGAAGUUCGGAUUCAUCAUUAUGGACGGUAACGGAGCGCUCUUUGGUACUUUGAGCGGAAAUACUCGUGAUAUUGUUCACAAGUUCUCCGUUGAUUUACCAAAAAAGCACGGCCGUGGUGGGCAGUCUGCACUCCGUUUCGCACGUCUUCGUGAAGAGAAGCGUCACAAUUACGUUCGCAAGGUCGCUGAGUUAGCCGUCCAGAACUUCAUCACUGCGGACAAAGUGAACGUGGCCGGUCUCAUUCUUGCUGGAUCCGCCGAUUUCAAGAACGACCUCAAUCAGUCUGAUAUGUUCGACAACCGCCUCCAGUCCAAAGUCAUCAAGGUCGUCGAUGUCUCGUACGGUGGUGAAAACGGAUUCAAUCAAGCCAUUGAGCUAUCAGGAGAGACGCUGAGUAACGUCAAGUUCAUCCAGGAAAAGAAACUUAUCAAUAAGUACUUCGACGAGAUCAGUCAGGACACAGGUAAGGUCUGUUAUGGUGUCGAGGAUACCUUGAAGGCGCUCGACGCUGGUGCCGCGGAAACCCUCAUCGUAUUCGAGAAUCUCGAGAUCACUCGAUGGACGCUCAAGAGUUCAGAAGGGACAGAGAUCAUUUUGCAUACAAACAAGCUUCAGGAAUCCGAUCGUUCGCUGUUUAUGGACAAAGAGACCGGACAGGAAAUGGAGAUUGCCGACCAGAUGCCAUUCCUUGAAUGGCUUGCAGAAAAGUACCGUGAUUUUGGCGCCACUCUUGAGUUUGUAUCCGAUAGGUCCAGUGAGGGCAACCAAUUCGUCAAGGGAUUCGGUGGCAUAGGUGCCAUUCUGCGAUACAAGCUCAACUUUGAGCAGCUCGCAGACUUCGACGACGACGAAGAUGAAUUUUAUGAUGAUUGACGAUUUCGCACCCUCGCAAUGAGCGAGGAAGCACCCCAGGGGCUCGCCGCGUCAGGCCCUGGGAGCAUUCCUCGCUCUACGUGUCCGAAUGAACAGGACACCCCAGCACUCGGGACGAGCGACGAGACGUUCGCUUCUCCCUGUUACGCCAGGCUAUAAUGUCGACCGACUACAUUGAUGCUUAUCAGACUCGAUGAGCAUCAAAAUGGGCUUGCUACAGUGCAGAGCUUUAAGGUUUUUUAUAU